AUGUCUUCUUCAGAAGAAAAGCAAACUACUCGAAUGAUAUCGACGCUGAAUGCGAUAAAUAAGGAUAAGAAAUCUGAUCCAUUCCAUCGCAAUCACAUGCCACCAAAUACUAGGUCCUCAUUUAACGAUCGCAAAGCGCGAGACGACAGACUAAAAGAAAUGAAAGCCCGGGAGAAGGAAAUGAAGUCUGAGACUGAGACCUCUAGAAAAGAACACACGGCUAAGAUUCUCGAGAGGAGGAAGAUCAAAGAAGAGAAAGAGCGUCUCGCAGCUGUUAAGUCCAAAGCAGACGAACGUAGACGAAAGAAGCAAAAGAAGAGAGAAGGUAGAAGCGGCAAAGUUAAUCAAUAGAAUCAUAUGCUCAUACGGA